AUGUACCCAGGCAGACAAAGUCGCCCCCUUGCGGUAUAUCUUCUUGCAAUGCAUCUGGUGGAUGAUACCACACGUCUCUGUGGCCAAAACACGUCACUGAUUCCGUCGGCCGCACGACACAUGCGACACUACCCCACCUGCGACAUCCCGGAAUCUCAUUUAGAAGUUACUUCCGACCCGUCGUCGCGGUCCCUCUCCCAUCGCGACGCUGCGAUCGAGGAUCCUGCCCUCGCCCGACACCAGCGCCAUCUCCCAUCUCUCCAGGGUGACGAAUUCCCCGAGGUCCCGAACCCAGACAUGGCUCGACACCGCCUUGAACGAGGGCUUCUUGCGCAAGGGGAGUCGAAACGCAGUCCGGUAGUACUGCUCGGGCACGGGGAUGUCGCGACGGGCCCAAUAACCGAGAGACUCACCUUCGACAAGUCCAAGGAGCUCGUCAACGGCGCGAUCCAGAAUCCGGUGACGGUCCCGCUCUCCAGCCCUUCGAUCCGGGCCUCGGCAAACUUCGGGUCGGAGACGCGUAUGCGGACGAGACAGUGGGGGAUGGGAGCCGGCAUGAUGUCAGAAGGACGCGGAGCUAAGAGCGAUGUGCGACAACAAAGGGGAGGUGGAAGUGCGGUGGUCGACAAGCGUCGCGCGACACCGAAAAGCGCCCAAGUGGCGUUCGACAGAAUGUCGCGCGACGCGGCACUCGCAAGCGCCGGCACGUUCUUCGUGACGUCGCCGGUUAACCCCCUUCUCCAUUCUCGCGCUUUCGUCCCUGCGAUGUAUAGAUACCUUUUCUACGGGCCUAACGGCCACGAGAGCUAUUCAAAGUCGGUAACCACGGACCCGACUAUGGCUUGCCACGGCUAUGAGCGACAUCGAUUGACGGAGAGGAAGUCGGAACGGAGUGGGAGAGUGCUGCUCAGGCACGGGGAUGUCGGGACGUGCCCAGUCGACGGCCCGCCAGGCAAUGGUGUCUCCCUAUCGCCGCCGUCUUGA